AUGGAAACCACGCACCGUCGCCCCAACGGCCGUCUUGCCGCGUGCGACCCCUGCCGCGCCCGCAAGGUGUCGUGCGACCACCGAGAACCCGUCUGCACGCGCUGCUUCAAGAAGAACAUCGGCUCGCGAUGCAAUUACUCGGGCGGGCAUUCGGCGAUCAAGCGGGUCAGCAGGGAGCCCUCGUCGCAGCUGUCCGAUGGCCUCAUCACCGCGUCCUCCGUCGCGGAGCCGCCGCCCCUGCCGCCGCUGCUGCCGCCUUUGCAGCUCCCGCUCCCUGUCGAGCUCGACCUAGCCACACAGUCCUCCGUCUCGCCGCCACCCGUCGUCGGACUGCCCACGCCUCGACCGAGCGCCCGCCUGGGGCACACCUCAGUCCUUGAAGAAACGCAGAGCAGCUUGCUGCUGCUCGGCGGAAGCGCGGGCUCUCCCGACGACGUCGACUAUAACCCCGACACACCAAACCAACCGGCCGUACCCUUUCAGGAGCUUCCGUACAUGAUCCGUCAGAUGUGCCUUGUCGUACUGCGUGGGUUGCCCGGCCAGCGCGACGCGCAGAUGGCGUACCUCGACGGCACUGUCGAGCCCCGCGGCUGGACGUAUAUCGCCGUCGACCGCAUCGUCCGCAACCUACGGCGAAUGUUUGCGGCGUCACGGCACCUCGGCGAGGCUGCUGCACUCGAGGCUCUCGCCCGAAUGCUCUGCGACAAUACGGCCCGCCCGUUCCAGGACGACUACCCGGACUGUAAGGCCUGGAUUGAAGCGUUCUGCAGUGCCAACAGCCUGCGGUGGGAGUCGAUCGCGCUGCUGUGGGCACACAUGGAGCGCGCGUCCGAUAUGUUUGACGCCCUCAACAAGACGCUCUUAGUGCGGUCUGCGAAUAACACUUCCGUCGAAGCGGCGCGUAUCAACCUCGGAUACUGCAUUCGUCUCGUGCAACAUUUUAGCAACCCCAGCGUACUCCUCCUGGACAUGAUCCGGCGCCUCGCCACACUUCACUCGCUAGUGGAUGGCGAGCUCUCCAUGUCCUCGUGGGAUACGGGCGCGUCCAGCAUCGCCUUCAUGACAUUUCUCGGGACCCAGACGACCGAGGAGGACGAGGCCGCCACGUACACACCGACGUUCUACUCCGAGUAUAAGCGGCGCAUUGCCGUGCACGUCUUCACCCGCGAUAAGCUCGGCGUCGCCUUUACCGGGCGGCCGCCAUUCAUUAGCCACCGCUACUUUUCCGCGCCCAUGCCGCUCGACAUUGCCGACGAGGACCUACUGGACCCCACGCGGCUCCAGCGUGCGGCGAAGUCGCUCGAUGCCAACGGGUGGAACACGGCUGGCAGGCUGUAUGCGAGCACUGCGAUCCGCGCGCGGUUCAUGAUUUCCAUGAUUCGCGAUGAGCUCAUCGAGGCGACGCUGGGAAAGGCUAGCCUCAACGUUGACUAUCUAUUGGAUUUGCGAAGUCGACAGUGCUCCUUGGCAGAUCAGUUUCCUGACGGUUUACGACUCUGCGCAAGCGAUCUGGCGUCACCGGAUGUGCCACCCAACGUGGCGUACAUGAAGGCGUUUACGCAUCUGGAGCACCUGCAGAACAUUUUCUUUGCAGAGCGUCUUUUGCAGCGGUGCAACUAUGUCGGCAACGGGGAGCUGCUGAUAGUCAGCGUGACCAUGGUGUCGCUGACGCUGCACUUUUGGAUGAACCAGGACCGCUUCUCGAUGCAGACAAUGCGGCGGAAUUUUGAAUGGAUUGUUUUGUCGUAUGGUGCGCCUGGUGCAGGUGUGCUCUGCCAGGAGCUUUUAUACCCGACGUUUCGUGGCAAUCACCCGCUCGACGUCAAGGUGACGCGGUCGAGCAUUAUCCAGCAGCUGAGCGUGCUGAUAGGCUUCUUCGACUGGGUGCGCGACGCGGCGCCCAAUGCGACUCUCUGCCGCGACUGCAGCGCCAUCAUCCAGCGCGUGCUCGAUUACACGCUGAACAUGGCUGCUGCCGGCGGCGCGGGCCUCGGUGCCAAUGGCGCCGCCGCCGUGCCGGAGCUGCUCGACUGGGGCGUCUUUGAUCAGCCUGAUUUCAGCUUUGAGUUGAUGGACACGUUUGAUUGGCUGCGGUGA